GAGAGCUGAGAAGAAAAAUGGCGUCUGCAGGCGACCCAGAGCGGGACACCGGCCAUUCAGUUUGAGCUUUCCACCCUGAAAUUGAGACCGGGGCUUGGUGGGGAGUUAUCGGGAACCGGCACCGGAACUGUUGGCUUUUUUCUUCCCCGCUUUUCUCCGGUGUGCGUGGCAUACUCAAGCACCGAGAUUGAAGCGGAACAGCAGAUACACUCUCCUACAAUGAGGGGGAGAAGAGGAAGGCCGCCCAAACAAGCUGCCAUGAUGCGGGAAGGUUCACCCGGGCCAGUCCGCGGCUCUCGGGGCGGCAGGAGCAGAGGGAUGCGUGGACGGGGAAGAGGCAGAGGACGGGGUCGGGGAAGGGGAGCAAGCGUUGGCGUUAUCGGCACUGGCUCUACGGAGGUAGAUACUGAAAUAUCCGGCCGAGAGAACUUUCAUUCGUCCCGGGGCCGCAGGAAAGUUGGAGCCUCUAGCUCGGCGGCGGCCGCGGUGUCGCGGGGCAGAGGAGGCAGAGGGAGAGGCAGGGGGUCGAGAGGCGGCCGCGGCAGUAGAGGCGGAGUGAGGCGGCCUCAAACUAAGGUGGUCUACGACGACAACAGCGACGAGGAGGACGAUAAUUUAAGCUACAGGUCGGACGACGAUGAACUCCUGAACGACAACCCUUCGUCGGAUCUUGAAGAAGAGGAGGCCUUGGGAAACGACUCUGACUAUCUGGAGGAACUACCAGAUGAUGAGGAUGCCAGCUACUGUACGGAGAGCAGCUUUAAGAGCCACAGCACGCUCGGUAGCACCCCAGGCCGGAGAAGAAGCCGGGCCUUACGUCCGCAAUCUCCCAUCCUUGAGGCCAAAAACAUUCCUCCCCUGGACCUUCCCAAAUCCUCUGAGGACCUCCUGGUUCUCAACUCGCAGCUCCUUAAUGUCUCUGCCGUGUACGAAGUCCUGCGCAACUUUGGCACGGUUCUGCGUCUCUCCCCAUUCCGCUUUGAGGAUUUCUGUGCGGCGUUGUCCAGCCAGGAGCAGUGCACGCUGCUGGCAGAGACCCACAUCUCCCUCCUCAAAGCUAUUCUCAGAGAGGAGGACACUUCCAACACCACAUUCGGUCCCACCGACGUGAAGGACUCUGUCAACUCCACUCUUUACUUUGUGGACGGUAUGACCUGGCCGGAGGUUGUGCGAGCGUACUGUGAGAGUGACCCGGAGUAUCGGCACAUUUUGCCUUGCCAAGAGGGCGAGGAUUACCCGUAUGAACCGUUGGAGAGCAAAAUCAAAGUUCUCCAAUUUUUGGUGGACCAGUUCUUGGCGACAAACAUUGCCAGAGAGGAGCUAAUGUCGGAAGGUGUGGUUGCCUACGACGACCACUGCAGGGUAUGCCAUCGCCUUGGCGACCUGCUGUGCUGUGAGACAUGUUCGGCCGUGUACCAUCUGGAGUGUGUGAAGCCGCCUUUGCAGGAAGUACCCGAGGACGAGUGGCAGUGUGAGGUGUGUGUGGCGCACAAAGUCCCCGGUGUGGCCGACUGCAUCCCAGAAGUGCAGAGGAGCAAACCUUUCAUACGACAACUGCCAGUCGGCUACGACCGACACCACCGCAAAUACUGGUUCCUUAACCGCCGCAUUGUAGUCGAGGAGGAUGGCGAGCAGGAGGACAAAGCCAUCUGGUACUACAGCACCAAGGUGCAGCUAGCCGAGCUCAUAGACUGUUUGGAUAAGGAGUACUGGGAGGCCGACCUGAAUGCAGCGCUGGAGGAGAUAAGGGACGAGGUGCACGCACACAUGGACAUCAGUGAGGACCUCACCAACAAGGCCCGUGGCAGUAACAGGUGUUACCUCACAGCCGCCAACGAGGAGAUCCUGGACCGGCUGCGGGCUAAGAAAGAGGAGGAGCUGGAGGAGGUGAAGAGACGGGCCGCUGAGGAGGCACGGCUGGAGAGGGAGAAGAAAGAGUUGGAGGCGGAGAGGGAGAGGGAGAAUGAGGAGGUCAAGGUGAAGGAGGAGGUGCAGCAGGAUGGCAAAGAGCUGAGGAAGGAGGAGGAGACAAAGGACAGCGGCUGGGAGGAGAAGAGCGGCCGCAUCAAAACUGAAGUUGUUGAAGCUCCAUCCACUGGCCAUGAAGGCAGCGGUGGGUGUAGCGUCUCAGAGGGACCUUUACCAGCAGCCCCCGCUCCGACACAAACCACCCCCUCCACCGAUAGCUAUAGGCCGGCCCCCGAGGUGCCAAAGCCCAAGGUGUCCACCUUAAAGGCUCUGAUAGGGGGCGGUUCCCAUACGGAGGUCUCUAACUGCACCAAAGAAACUCCGCCAUCCGACUCGGUCCCUCCCGGUGGAAACGGCAUCCCCAGCCUGAGUCAGCCCUCCCAGACCAGUGAGGAGAACAGUAACAGCAGCGUGGGAGCUGCGGUCCCUCCCAGAGGACCCGAACCUCCAGACCUCGCCGACAAGUCCUCCCAGUCAUCCCUGGCCAGCUUUGAUGACACAGGGGACUGCAAAGACUCAGCCAACGGUGACACGCCAGGUCUCGGCGGGAAGAAAUCAGCCGCCACUCGGAUGGUGACUCGUCUGAGGAACCCGGAGAGCAAGCUCAGCCAACUGAAGAACCAACAGGUGGCUGCCGCCGUUCACGAAGCAAACAGAGGCUUCAAAGAGGGCAAAGAGGUCAUAGUCGUGAAUGCACAAGGUGACAUCACUCGUGUCAGCACACGCAGCAGUAAGGACGUGGUGAUGAAGGGGACGCUCAGCCAGUUCUUCAAGCUGGGCCAGGAGGGGAAGUACCGCGUCUAUCACAACCAGUUCAGCUCCAACACCGUGGCCCUCAACAAACACCAGCACAGAGAGGACCACGACAAGAGGCGGCACCUCUCCCACAAAUUCUGCAUGACACCAGCAGGAGAAUUUAAGUGGAACGGGUCGAUUUACGGCUCCAAGGUUCUGACCAUCUCCACGCUGAGGCUCACCAUCAUCCAGCUCGAGAACAAUGUUCCAGCACCGUUUAUGCACCCAAACUGGGCAUCACACAGGACAAAUUGGAUCAAAGCGGUUCAGAUGUGCAGUAAAGCCCGAGAGUUCGCGCUGGCUCUGGCCAUCCUGGAGUGUGCCAUCAAACCUGUAGCUAUGCUGCCUGUCUGGAAGGACUCACUGGGCCACACUAGGUUAAACCGUAUGACAUCCAUGGAACGAGAGGAGAAAGAGAAAGUGAAGAAGAGAGAGAAGAAGCUGGAGGAUGAGGAGACGCUGCAGCAAGCCACCUGGGUCAAAUACACCUUUCCAAUUAAACACCAGGUGUGGAAGCAGAAAGGAGAGGAGUAUCGUGUAACCGGCUACGGGGGCUGGAGUUGGAUUAGCAGGACUUACGUGCAGAGAUUUCUCCCCAGGCUCCCCGGCAACACCAACGCCAACUACCGCAAAGAACUAGAAGAUGCUAAACUUGGCAAGAAAUGUACACUUCUGGACCUGAGCCGCCGGCCCAGCGUAGCUGCAGCCGAGGCUCAGGAAGUCACUGUCCCAAGCAGUGAGGCAAAAGUUGAAGAAUCCUCGAACCUCUCCGAGCCCGCAAAAGAUCGUCUGACGUCUAUUGAAGACUUAAAGUCUGGUGAGAGGAAUGAAGAGGAAACUAAAGAUGGGACCGUUGUUAAGGAGAAGUCUGCGCAUGAAUCGCCCGAAAAGAUGGAGGUGGAUCCCACACCGCCGCCGUCGUAUGAAGAGCCAAGGUCCAGCAUCGAGGAGGCGUCCAUGAAGGAGGAGCCUGCAGAUGAGCCUUCACGGCCUUUCAACUACGAUGUUGUGGAUGUCAGCAAGGGCUUCCUCACACGCAUCGCCUACAAGAAGAAGGUCAAGUCCUCCAAGCUGGACAUCCUGCUGGAGCGACGGGUGAAACAGCACGUCAUCGAAGAGAGGCAGAGGCAGCAGGUGUCUGCCUCCAACCCUAUGACUUCUACGUCGGCGUCAUCCACUCCGACCCCGGCGUUGAGCACUCCGGUCCGGCCACGGUCGCCACUCAGGCCCCACAACCUCACUCAAAAACAGCUCGCUCUGGGAGAAGCUGUGAAAGUGACGGAGAAACCCUCCAUAACGCAAACUCCAGAGCCAGGAGACGGUGGAGAACGACUGGUUGGAGGAGGGGAGGGUCAGUCUGAACUCUCUAAAACUGCUGAUGAGAAGGUCACUCCUCCUCCUCCUUCUCCUGCUCUGGGCUCCACACCCACAGACAGCAGUAGUACAGGUACAGGUGAACACUCAGUGUCACCACAGACCACCUCCACGCCUCAGGGAUUGGAGGCAGACUUGGUGGAAAGGACUACGGGGCCAAAAGAAAAAAAUUCAGACAUUUCAGGGAAAGAGGGGGUCAAACUGCCUGACGUACAAGAAACGAACACGGGGGGAAUUCUUAGCUCAGCCGAGGUAUCAUCAGAUGAUACCAAAGCUGCACAUAUUGAAAAUACGAGGUUAAAAAUGGACUCGGUAAGGACUUCCACUAGUGUUCUUGACCAAAAAAACAGUCAAAACACAUCUCCUUCUAAACUAACUCAGCAAGAAGCUUUAAGCUCAGUGCAUUCAGAGGAAAAUGGAAUGGGGCCGGAGGAGAGCCAAGGCAUCAAACAAGGUCAAACCGACGCUGUAAGCACUCCUGAGCCUGCUUCUCCUCUCCCUCAGGUAAACGGUAAUGACGCCAUCGGGAGUGAACUGAGUAACUCUGUAGUGAGUGCAAAUAACGGCGUCCUUACCAACAGCUCCCAGCUCAAGGUGAACAACGUAGGUAAAGGUGAAGAACAAGGGCUGGGUGUCUCAUUGAAUGACAGCACGCAGCAGAAGCCUCUGGUGAACGGGGAUGUAGCCCGUGUGAAUGAUUUUACUGAGGUCGGCACCAAGGAGAGCAAGUCGACGGCGUCAGACGAGGACUACAAACCUCCGCCGAAGGUGCUGCGGCUAGAGAACAACAUAGAUGCACUUGGAGGAAACACACAGAGCACUAAACAGCACGACAGCACUUCCCCGACCAAACCCAGCUCAGGGGUCAAAAUCAUCAGAAUGGCGCCGUCUCCUAUUCCCUCAGCGGAGGAGUCCAGUCUGAGCGACGACUUUGCAGAGGAGAAUAGUAACAGUGGGACCGCAGAGACCAUCGUCACCCAGGUGACAACGACUGCAACGACCACCACGACUGUUGUUUCCACCCAGACGAGGACGACCACCAAGGUGUCGCCGGCUGUUCCCGGAGAGACGGGGACAACAGAGAGCAGCGCCGUGUCCACGCUCACCACCAUGACAAAAACAACGGUGACCAAAAUCUGCUCGUCUGACGGGCAGUCCGACGACAGCCAGAGCGAAAUAGUGACACAAGAGGAUAAGCUCCUGGCCUCCGUCAGGAAGUCAACGACCAACAUCAGAGGGGAGACCUCAGUGAGCCUCGAGGACUACUCGUCGACAAAAGGUCGUGUCCGCCUCCUGAAGUUCUCCCGCACCAAGAAGACGCGUUCGGACACCGCCCUUCCCUCGUACCGCAAGUUUGUCACCAAGAGCAACCGCAAGAGUAUUUUUGUACUGCCGCAUGACGACGUGAAGGUGCUGGGGAGGAGGGGAGGACUCCGGGAGGUUCCAAUAUUUAGCUACAACGCCAAGCCAGCGUUGGAUAUUUGGCCGUACCCUUCACCGAGGCCCACCUUUGGCAUCACCUGGAGGUAUCGGCUGCAGACGGUGAAGUCUCUGGCCGGUGUGAGCCUGAUGCUGAGGCUGCUGUGGGCCUCUCUGAGAUGGGACGACAUGGCCGUCAAACCGUCGGCUGCUGUCGGCACCACACGCACAGCCCUAUCCCCACUCAUUGCUACAGAGACGUCAGACACUGAGAUCACCACCACUGAGAUCAUCAAGCGCCGCGACGUGGGACCCUAUGGCAUCCGCUCUGAGUACUGCAUCCGCAAGAUCAUCUGUCCGCUCGGCGUGCCCGAGACUCCCAAAGAAACCCACACCCCUCAGAGGAAGGGGCUGCGCUCCAGUGCCCUGCGCCCAAAGAAGCCCGAGCCUGCCAAGCAGACGGGCCCUGUGGUGCUCGAGACCUGGGUGGCCGAGGAGGAGUUGGACCUCUGGGAGAUCAGAGCUUUCUCAGAAAGGGUGGAGAAAGAGAAAGCUCAGGCAGCUGAGCAAGCAAAGAAACGUCUGGAGCAGAAACCAGGUUCAGUCAACGCCACCCCGACAGGAAUUCCAUCCACUCCGGCCGCCACGCCCAAAGUCAUUGUGGGUUCGCUGUCAGGCCAGGGCACCCCCACCACCAAAGUGGUACUGUCCACAAAGAUGGGCACCCCCGUUACAUUCCAGCAGAAUAAAAACUUCCAGCAGUCGUUCGCCACCUGGGUCAAGCAGGGUCAGAGCACAGGAGCGGGCAACGAGACCACCGUGGCCACAUCAGGCGGGCACACUUUCCAGAUUACGGGAACCUCGGUGGGUGGAAAGGUGGUGACCACCAAGCUGCCGCUGCCGGCCAACAGCAAGAUCGUCACGGUCAACGUGCCGACUUCACAAGGAGGUGUGGUUCAGCAGAAAGUGUUGGGUAUCAUCCCGUCGAGCACAGCAGGCGGUGCUCAGACCUACACCACAUUCCAGCCUCGCACCACCACGCUCAACAUCAGGCCCAACACGCCGGGAUCCCAGCAGCAGGUUUUGGCAGCUGGUACUCAGAUCCGUCCAGGAAUGACGGUAAUCCGAACACCGAUCCAGCAGACAGGACCGAUGGGAAAGACGAUACUACGAACUCCUCUCGUUGUCCAGCAAGGUCAGGGUGGGCAGCAAGUGGUGACGCAGAUCAUUCGGGGACAGGCUGUCUCAACGGCGAUAUCGGGUGCCAGCCCUGUCGCCACGGUCACAGGCCAGGGGUCGGCAAGCCCCACCACAGGCGGACAGGCUGCAGGCCAAACAACACAAGGCACCCCGCGGGCGCAGGCACAAGGCCAGGUUAAGCUCAGCCUGGCACAGAUCACCCAGCUCACACAGAAGCAGCAGGCGGCGUCAGGUGUGGAGCGGCAGGCUGGCGCGGGCGGUACCCAACAGGCUCUGACUGUGAUGGUUCAGGGUCAGGGCCAGACCGCCGGUCAGCUGCAGGUCAUACCUCAGGGUGUCACCGUCAUCCCAGGACCCGGUCAGCAGCUCAUGCAGGCAUCACUGCCCAACGGACAGGUUCAACGCUUCCUCUUUACCCCGCUGGCCUCGGCCGCCACUCCCACAUCAAGCACAGCCACACAGCCUAACUGUGCCUCCACCAAAGCCCCGGCCCAACCCGCCCAGCAGGCCGCAGCACCCAUUCAGGCAGGGGCGACCCCCUUAGCCACCACCAGCACCCCUUCGUCGGCGACCCCGCAGGGCCAGUUACCCCCUCAGACACAGGCGCACAUGCCCAUCCAGUCUCCCACGUCGCUGCAGGUAAAAACGCAGGGAGGAACGGCACAGCUACAGAUUCAGCAGUCUCCACAGAUCAUCAGCAUGUCUGGACUGCAACAGCAGGUUUUGGCUCAGCUGCAGGCCCAGCAGGCUGCAGGUUCUCUGCCACAGCACAUCAAACUGCAGCUUCCCAUCCAGAUACAACAGACGGGGACCACCUCAGCUCAGGGAGGACAGAUCGGGAACGUGGUGACCAUCCAGACGGCUUCGGUCCAGGAGCAGCUCCAGAGGAUCCAGCAGCUCCGAGAGCAGCAGCAGCAGAAGAAGAGACAGGCAGCAGAGGCCAAGAGAGAGCAGGCACUCAAUGCAGCCAGUCAGAGCGACAUCAUUCAGAAACAGGUGGUGAUGAAACAAAAUGCUGCGAUCGAGCACCUGAAGCAGAAGAAGACGAUGACGCCUGCAGAGAGGGAAGAGAAUCAGAGGAUGAUCGUCUGUAACCAGGUGAUGAAGUUCAUCCUGGACCGGAUCGACAAGGAUGAAAGGCAGGAGACCAAGAGGAGGAAGAAGGAGGAGGUGGUGGAGGCCAAGAGGAGAUUGGCUAAUGCCAGCAAGCUCUCCUCGCUCCUGUACCGACACAAAGAAAGCCUCAAGAUGGAGAUCCUGAAGAAGCGCGCGCUACUCGACAAGGAGCUUCAGCUGGAGGCCCAGGAGGAGCUAAAGAGGGACCUGCUGCGGAUGAGGAGGGAGAAGGAGAGAGCUCAGGCUGCAGCCCAGCAGGCCGCCCAGGCUGCUGCAGCUGCUGCCGCCGCGUCUGCCCGCAACCAGCAGCAACACUCGCACACGCACGCCAUCUCCUCCCAACACCACGCCACGACCGCCGCCUCCACACACAAGAGGAAACGAGAGGAGGAGAGAGAGACGGCGACGCCGGCCAAGUCCAAGAAGAAGAAGAUGAUCCUGACGACGAGCACCAAGGAGAGCAAGAAAGACAUCAAGCUCUACUGCGUCUGCAAGACGCCCUACGACGAGACCAAGUUCUACAUCGGCUGCGAUCUGUGUACCAACUGGUAUCACGGAGAGUGUGUGGGCAUCACGGAGAAGGAGGCCAAGAAGAUGGACGACUACAUCUGUGUGGAGUGUAAACGAGGCCAGGAGAGGAGCACCGAGGAGCUGUACUGUAUCUGUCGGACGCCGUACGACGAGUCCCAGUUCUACAUCGGCUGCGAUCGCUGUCAGAACUGGUACCACGGCCGCUGUGUGGGCAUCCUGCAGAGCGAGGCCAACCACAUAGACGAAUACGUGUGUCCACAGUGUCAGUCAACAGAGGACGCCAUGACGGUGUUCACGCCGCUCACAGACAAGGACUACGAGGGCCUGCGGAGAACUCUACGCUCCUUACAGGCGCAUAAAAUGGCGUGGCCGUUCCUAGAGCCAGUGGACACAAACGACGCCCCGGACUACUACAGGGUUAUCAAGGAACCAAUGGACCUUUCCACGAUGGAGGAGAGGUUACAGAAGCGCGAGUACGUCAAGCUCACCGAGUUUGUAGCGGACAUGACCAAAAUCUUCGACAACUGCCGCUACUACAACCCCAGUGACUCGCCCUUCUACCAGUGUGCCGAGGUUCUGGAGACUUUCUUCGUCCAGAAACUCAAAGGCUUCAAAGCCAGCAGGUCUCAUAACAACAAACUACAAUCAGCCGCCUCUUAGCUCCCUCCUAGAAUCCAAGCGCCAAAAACAACACAGACAAGGCCUCGUGGGUUUCCUUUGAAUAAUAAAUCCUUGUGGUUGCACCGCUGUGGAAGAGAGACAAACACCUCUUUUUCAUCCGAAUGUUUCUGGGACAUAAUCGGAGAUAUCCUACCUUCAGACUGGGCAGGAUGCAGAAGCAGGACCCCCAGACUCUGCAUCAGGAGAAAGAUCUGGAUCAUGGGAGCAGACAAAGUUUUGAUCCUGAACCGACUCGUGUUCUGAUCCUGUAGCUGAUCACUUCCUGUGUUUGUGUCUGCUUCGAUCCUCUCGUCGAGACGUGCAAUGUUCAUUUCAUGCUGUCAUUUUUUUUUUCAUUCCAUUAAAACGAAAGUCCCGUCUAAGGUUGUCAAGACACCAGAUUUUUAAACUGCUAUCUGAAUCUAGCAAAAAUAAGAUCUUGAUACCCGACAAAAAAAACACCAGUCUUCAGGCCUUUGCAGGAUGAGUCCGGUUUUUUCUAUGCAUUUUUUUUUUUUGGAUAUCUGGAGAAUAUAAACAUAACGCAGAGACACCUUGCAGUCGAUCUUCAACAGCAGCUGACAGUAUGGGGGGCGGGGGAGAACACUACAGAGACGCACACACACAGGGAUGGAUGCGAAAGUAGAUGAUCAAAUUUAUUCCGAAAGAAAUAAUGACUGAUGAAAGUUUCUGAGUCAGUGGGCAGACAUGAUUGACACAGUGAGAUCAUCUUUAUUUUUUAAUGUGCAUCAAUUUCAGACAGAAACAAAGGGACUCGGUGUGCAAUGGCCUUUAAGCGCCAGAUGUUGAGUAAUUGUCUUGUCUCUAAUUACCAAAAAAGCAGGCUGACUCCUGCACAAAUUCAUUGACAACAUGUCAGUAUUGAAACGCUGCCAACAUGUUUGUGCUGACUCUUCGGCUCGCUUCAUCUCCCUGGUAAUUUUGGAUACCAUUGAUCACUAUAGUUACAGAAAUUGAUGGUUUUAAAACACAUGGUUUUUAAAAGUAUCAGAGUAUAAAAAAUAUUGACAACCUUAUUCCCCUCCUCCAUCAGAAAUGUCCAUAAAGUCGGACUGUAAGUCGUCCAAACGUCUAAAGUUUGAUCCAACUUGGAUUGGGUCAAGUUGUUCGAGAUGUUUCCUGAGAAGCCUCUUAGAUUAGAUGGUCAAACUUAUUCAAAAACUUUGAGUUCAAUUGACUUGUAGCUCAAAGUUAUAACUAUCAUGACCUGGAUGAGUGGGAACAAUCAGAGAAAAAUUGCCUCAUUUUUUUUUACGUCCGUCUAAAAUCACCAUUUUGAGUUCUGCAGAAACUACCCUUGCUUCUUUUACCCCGCAUGGAAAAUUAAGUGAUGUUAUAAUUUUGUCUGGUAAGUCUUAAAAACUGUGUCACCUCUAUUUUCACUCUUGAGUCCACUGCAGCAGGUUUUUGACGAGGUCAUUGUCACUGUACGCUCAGGGGGACCUUAGGGAUCUUUGAUGUUUUAUUGCUAAGUUUAAUGUGUUCAGCAGAGAGCGUAAGAGGCAUGGCGUCGAUUUCUUUGUCCAACCAGUCAGCUCCCUUUUGUCCACGUCUUGGCUACAAAUAACAUCACAGGUGCGACAUGUCUGCGCCCAUAGUGGCUUCACUUUUGAACAACAAAAGGAGACAGAGACUCGCUGUCCAUAUUUAUAUACAGUCAAUGAUUGAUCAGGUGAUCUGAUCCGAAGCUUGAUCCAAAGGCAACUGGGCUUGCUUGAAGAUGUUGAACUCAAGAAUUCAAGAUCUUCAACCAAGUCCAGUUAUUAAUUACCAUGACCUGGAUGACUGAGAACCUUCACAGGUGAUCUGAUCCAGUUUUUCUUGGAGUGGGCUGGUAUCAGGGAGCUGGAUUACAUCAUCCCAGGUCGAAAAAAGGUGUAUUAGCAAAUCUGGAUCUUUCUUAUCGAAGGGUGUACUGCCCAAACUCUAGUAAUUCAAGGGGUUUUCAUUUUGUCUGAGAAUUGCAAAAAUUUUGAUUUUUAUAGACGGAAACACCCGGAACAGGCCAUCCCACCCACCUCUUCCUGCCCUUCAUUCUGAUUUUUUUCGAUUUUCUGUUCUUCUGAAAGUCACAAGACGAAUGCACAGCAUUUUCUUUUUUUUCAUUUAGUUUAAGAUCACGGACAGGAAGCAAAGAAACGAGAUCAUUAGGCCCAAAGGGAAGGUGAAAUUUGUUGGAGGGUUAAACUAACUGGUCUGUCCUGAACCUUCCCCCGUCAUCAGACUGUCUUCUUACAUCCUGUCAGUCUUUAAGUCUCUGUCCCUUUAUCUAUCAGCCACUUCUUCCAACAUAUUUCAUUGAAGCUGACAGGUUGGCUCACGUGUCUCUCAACUCGCCCUCAAACUGUGGUUAAGUAAUUGGAUAAUGUACUUUUCCACUCAGCAUCAUCUCAGUUAUGUUGCGGUCUGUGGCAGCAUGUCUGGGAGGAGAACUCGAGUGGGGACUGGGGAGUCUUUGUACGUCGGGGUUUGUAUGAAAAUUUUAUAGCUGCACUUUGAGCAUAUUUGGGAACAUUUUUGUAAUCUGUGUUUAUCAUUUUUGUAGGAGGGGAUCGGUCAUGAGACACACAUUUCUUUUAAGUAGUUAAAAACUGUUAAAAGUUCAAGCAAAUAGUUCGGUUUGCAUCCGCAGUUUUCAUGAGUAGCGGAGUUGAGAGAUGAUGUAGCUCCUGUCUCCUUUUCUGUGAUUGUCUUUCACACAGAUGUCUGUCACUUUGUAAUCUGAUGAUGAUGAUGACGAUGUGUUUUCUCCACUGUUUGUACUCUAUUGUACAUAAUGGCUGUCCAAAUAUGUAGAGAUACAGAUUUUUAGAGCAGUAGAAACUUUUAUUUUUCACUCUUCAAACCAGCAACUAAGCCCGCCUGUAUAUUGAACUAUUUUUUCUCUUGUAUUCUACAUUUAGGUGAAAAUGCCCUUUUCAUAAAAAGUGCUGCAUAUUGUGAGCAUAAAGGUUUUUUUUUAACAGGGUACAUCGACACGGUGGACUCUUGUAAAGAGUUCUUCUUGUUUUUGUAAGAAACAAAGCUCUUCAACAUAACUUCUAUAUUGACAUUGCAUUAUUAUCUUGUUUUAUUUAUUCAUAUCUACAAAAAAAAAAGGUUCUCAGUUUUUUUUGAGUAAUGUUGAAGAAACCGUAACUGCAGAUAAAAGAAGUAUUCUAUGUUUUUAACGGAUCAUUGAAACUCCCAAGAGAUUCUCUUUUGUACUUGAUAGGACAUUUCAUCCUAGGUAAUAAAGUAAUGUUUUUGACACCA